CCUAAAGUAAAUGCCAUAUGGCAUCUCUGAGGGGUGGGAGCUGAGCUGAUUGCAUAAUGCUCUUGAACAUCUGACCAAUAACUGUUCACACUUUCUAACUUUCUGUCUAUUUGCUCUUUUGAAGUUCGUCCUCAGUGCAGGUCAACAGGUGCAGUACGAUGGCUGCCUUCCUUCAUCACUGCCCCUUCCUGAAGUCCGUCCCAAAGCCAGCUUUGCGGAGGACAGGGGCCACCUUCCUGUCUCUGGCCAAUCGAUGCCCCAUCAUCGCCCGUCAGAUCAGUGUGAGUUGCCCAGCCAACCUGGAUGCCAAGCUGAGCGUCUCACCUAUCACACUGAAGACCAACCAACUUCCCACUGUCGACGAAAAGAGACGUUUUGCUCAAACGGCUGCUCAGGUGGCUGUGACUGCUUCAAAGGGUUGCCCUUUUGUAAAUUCUCAGAUUGGGAUGGUCCGUGCCAGCCCUGAAGUACAGGAGGACCUCCAAGAAGGUUUGAUGGCUUCACUGUUGAAGGGUUUAAAGGAAUCAGUCCUCCCAACAUCGGUUCAAACAAGCAGUGUCACCCAUCUCCUCAAAGACAACAUGGAUGGCCCCAGCUUCGACUAUGACAGCUUCUUCACUGAGAAGAUUGCUGAGAAAAGGAAAGACCACACAUACAGAGUUUUUAAGACCGUAAACAGGAGCACUGAGGCCUUCCCGUUUGCUGAGGAUUACUCCAUCACUGGGCGGGAGGGCUCGCAGGUGUCCGUCUGGUGUAGCAACGACUACCUGGGGAUGAGUCGCCAUCCCCGGGUCCUCGGUGCAAUCAGGGAUGCCCUGGACAGGCAUGGUGCAGGAGCAGGAGGGACCAGGAACAUCUCAGGCACCAGUAACUUCCAUGUGUCUCUGGAGAAGGAACUGGCCCAAUUACACCAAAAGGAUGCAGCACUGGUCUUCUCCUCUUGCUUUGUGGCAAAUGACUCCACUCUCUUCACUAUGGCUAAAAUGCUUCCAGGGUGCGAGAUCUACUCUGACGCAGGGAACCACGCAUCGAUGAUUCAGGGCAUCAGGAACAGCAGAGCCAAACGCUUCAUCUUCCGCCACAAUGACAGCCAACACCUGGAGGAGCUCCUGCAACAGUCUGACCCCAAGACACCUAAAAUAGUGGCAUUUGAGACAGUGCACUCAAUGGACGGUGCCAUAUGUCCUCUGGAAGAACUGUGCGAUGUAGCUCAUCGUUAUGGAGCCCUGACAUUUGUUGAUGAAGUUCAUGCUGUGGGCCUGUAUGGAGCCCACGGAGCUGGAGUGGGUGAGAGGGACAAUGUUAUGCACAAAAUUGACAUUGUCUCUGGGACCUUAGGCAAAGCCUUUGGCUGUGUUGGAGGAUAUAUUGCCAGCAGCGCCGCCCUGGUGGACACAGUGCGCUCCUACGCAGCUGGUUUCAUCUUCACCACUGCCCUGCCCCCAAUGGUCCUGUCUGGAGCCCUGGAGUCUGUCCGGAUCCUGAAGAGCCCAGAGGGGCAGGCCCUCCGCAGAGCCCACCAGAGGAACGUCAAACACAUGAGGCAGCUGCUCAUGGACAACGGCCUGCCUGUGGUCAACUGUCCCAGCCACAUCAUCCCCAUACACGUGGGCAAUGCUGAACUGAACACCAAGGUGUGUGACAUCCUGCUGGAAAGGCACAACAUCUACGUGCAGGCCAUCAACUACCCCACAGUGCCUCGUGGUGAGGAGCUGUUGCGUCUGGCUCCGUCUCCUCACCAUGACCCCGCCAUGAUGAAGUACUUUGUGGAAAAACUGGUGGAGGUGUGGCAGGAAGCAGGGCUCCUGCUCAGCCGCCCAGCGACAGCUUCCUGCACCUUCUGUGACCGUCCGCUGCACUUUGACCUUAUGAGCGAGUGGGAGAAAUCUUACUUUGGCAACAUGGAACCACAAUACAUUACUGUGUCUGCAUAAUGCCAAAGUACACAUAGGGCCUUAACACAAGCUACAUACAUAUGCUAAGUGUAAAUUUAAUGCUAUAUUCAACAUCCUUUUAAAUGAUAAAGUACUACUUCAUGUACAUUGAAAAGAGUACUAAAGUAUUUAAACAUUCUUUAAUGUCAGUGGUUUGGACCAAAUUCCAGUAUUUCUCUUUUCCUGCAUUUAUGCUUACUAAAGUGUGUUUGCCAUCAAGGAUAUGAUUAAAUAAAGUUGUGCAUCCUCCAUUUUAAAAGCAUAAAACCUGCACAAUGGGCACUUUCUUAAAUAUCUUAUCUAGUUGUGAUGGUUUGAAUUAAACUAUGCUUUUUAAUUUCA